GACUUUUGGUCGCACAUGGACAAGCACGACUGGCAGCUGAGCAGCUGCCACGGGCAUUUGUACCGCGUGGCGGAUACAUUGUGCUCCACCAAGGAAGUUCUAGAGGAUGUCAUUGGCCGAUUGUCAGACUUCAAGAGGGAGAACAAAAACCCCUUCAAGUCCCUGUCUUUGGAGCGCGGCCACUUUCUGUCUACAGCGCAUCUGCAGUUUUCAGAGCAGUGGCCCGUUCUGCGCACGACUGGCGCAGAUCUGAUGGACAAGAAGUGCACCAGGGCCUUCAAAGGGCGUGCGAAAUUUGCAGGGCCCAAUGCCCCCUCAGGCGAGGUCCUUUCGGCCUUGAAGGCGGAUGCUGCCAGCAAACCAGGCCUCACGUGGCGUCAGGCGGUUGCAGCAGGAGCGUCAGCAGGGGCGCCGCGGCAGCUUCUGCCUGUCAAGCCAGCUUCGCGCGCCAGUGACUUGAAGAGUCUGGGCACUUUGAUCGCUCUGCGGACAACGUGGCCAGAGAGCUUCACCAAUCUUGCCGGCUGCUGGGCUGGCCAGCUGCUGGUGGAGGGCCGACUUUACCAGGCAGUGACGGGGCAGUACGUUCUCAGUCUCGGCUUCGAGCACCUGGCAGGGUUGGCCUGGAGCGUGGAGGAAGUUUUGCCAGGCUAUUUUCAGAUAGCCUCGCAGGGCUUGCGAGAGCGCCAGGGGCAGAGUCGUGAGCGCCUUCAGCCUUUCUGUGUUCACAGCGUCACAGCGAAGGGCUCUGAGGAAGAAGAGCUCUAUGCUGGAGUUCCAACAGUGGCUU